ACCGUCGCAGUCGUUUCCUUUUGUCUUGUCGUGUAGAGUGCGAAUAUGCAUUGCCCUUCCAGAAGACAGCAGCUAAUAGUGCAAGUGAAAUUCUAGGCUACGUAGAAGAUUAAUAAUUGUAGAAUUUCGACGCUUUGCUACCGUGAUCAUAGUUUUCAGUUCAACAAAUUUUGUCUCAACAUCGAUUGUCAACUUAUGGGUGGGGAUUGAGUGGAAUAAGUUUCUUGACCUUGUGAAGGCAAUCUCUCAGUGCCCCUCAAAAAUAAAUACGUUCAGAUUGGGUGGAGUGUAAAACCGACACGUUCUUGUGCAAUUGUGGGUGAUAUAAAAGUAGUGAUAAAGUGAUACAGAUAUUUGUGAUUAGGCGACCCGUCCUAUGUAGCGGCUGUUUUUUUCUGGCAGGGGACAACAUUCGGUGCUCACAACGAUGAGAUCGCAGUUCAGCCCUUUCAAUGCAUCGCUGAUUACGCCUAGCGGAAGUACAUCCGCUUCGCCGGGAACAAUGCCACAACGACCACCACGUCGACGGGCACAAUCGGUGGGCAAUUCCAACCUCGGCAGUUCCCUAGCGCUGGCUUCUUCGACACCGAGAGGUUCCCUGUUUAGUGCUAAUGACGAGGAAAGCUGCAUGGUGCGGAUCAAGGUGGUGGGCGCUCAUUCCCUCACCAAGAAGGAUAUCUUUGGAAACAGUGAUCCUUACGUGAAAGUGGACAUAAAUACGAUCGUGGGGGAUGUCAACAUCGAUUCGAUGGUCACGAAGACAAAGAAAAAGACGCUUAACCCGGUGUGGAACGAAGAGUUCACUCUAAGAGUGAAGCCCAACGAACACAAGCUGGUAUUUCAGGUGUACGACGAAAAUCGACUGACCCGUGAUGGUUUUUUGGGCAUGGUUGAACUAACCCUCAUAAACUUGCCCCGGGAGCAGGAAGGGCGGACAAUUGCUAUCAAAAAUUAUCCGCUUCGACCGAAGAAAAUCUCUAAUAUGUUGCGAUCGAAAAUACGCGGAUCGUUGGAUAUCUAUCACGCUGUGAUGCGCGAUCAAGAGGGAGGCGGGAACUCCUGGAGCGCGGCCGAACAAAGUCCGGCACCUAGUCUUCGAGCAGCUCAGGCUGCGGUUGUCAACGUAGAGAGUGCGCUGCCGUCCGGCUGGGAGGAGCGACAGGACGCGAUAGGCCGAACGUACUACGUGAAUCACAUUGCCCGCACUACGCAGUGGGAGCGACCGACCGCUGUACUGCCGCAGCACGGCAUCAACGAGAUGGCCGCUGCCUUUCAGCGGCGGUUUCACAUCAGUAAUGAUCCGGGCGACACCGAGAGCAGCAACAACAACGCGGACACCAUAAGCAUCACCUCCGAGAGCAACACCAGUCUGCGCAUGGACCAAUCGUUAAGCGACACCGGUGAUAACAGCAACAGUAACAGAAGUGGCCUAUCGCCGUCACCAUCCUCUGUAUCUCUUCCGAAUGGCAGCAGCAUUGGACGCCCAACUCGACCCGCUCCGUUACCACCGACGACUGCCUCCGCGGGUGCUACUCCGACUAGUGGACGACGGAUGGCCCCACAGCCACCGAUGGGUUCUACUUUUCAUCCUCUGGAAAGCGAAUCCGGUACUAUUGCUGAAGACGAAGCCAACAAUAAUAACGUUGGUAGCAUUGUGCUGCUCAAUGACACCGGAGGAGGAACCCCGGCACGGGAGCUUUCGGAUAGUACACUAGGUAGAAUCAAUGCUAACAACAGGUCAUCACCCACUAGUUCACCCCAGCUGGGAGCUUCCGUUGCACACCAGCAGCUACCUAGUUCCGAAGGAUUACCAACAGGAUGGACAAUGCAGUUUGCCGGCAACGGGCGGUUGUUUUUCAUCGAUCACAUUAAUAAGAAAACAUCCUGGGUUGAUCCCAGGACUGGUGUUGCCAGUUCGAUCCCAAGUCCCGCUUUAGCCAGCAGUGCAGCGAUUGUGGGUGCGAACGGUGAGGCUGUCGGAAUUGCUGGCGCCACCGGAACCAACCGGGCGGACGAUGAGUUAGGCCCACUGCCGGAGGGUUGGGAAGAGCGUGUGCACAGCGACGGCAGGACGUUCUUCAUCGACCACAACACCAGAGCAACGCAGUGGGACGACCCGCGGCUGUCGAAUCCAAGGAUUGCCGGACAGGUGGUGCCAUACUCGAGAGAUUACAAGCAGAAGUACGAGUACCUCAAGAGUCAACUGAAGAAGCCGGCCAAUGUACCAAACAAAAUCGAUAUCAAAAUUCGACGAAACUCUAUUCUGGAAGAUUCCUACCGGAUAAUCAAUUCGGUGACCAAAGUGGACCUGCUCAAGACCAAACUGUGGGUUGAAUUCGAAGGAGAGGCUGGACUGGACUAUGGGGGCCUGGCGCGCGAGUGGUUCUAUCUGCUGUCGAAGGAAAUGUUCAACCCGUACUACGGUCUGUUCGAGUAUUCCGCGAUGGAUAACUACACGCUGCAGAUCAAUCCGUCCAGUGGGUUGUGCAAUGAGGAACAUUUGAACUACUUCAAAUUCAUCGGAAGGAUAGCUGGCAUGGCUGUGUACCACGGCAAGCUGCUGGAUGCGUUCUUUAUUCGACCUUUCUACAAAAUGAUGCUGCAGAAGCAAAUCGAUCUUAAUGAUAUGGAGUCAGUUGAUACCGAGUAUUACAACUCACUGCUCUACAUCAAGGAGAACGACCCGUCCGAGCUGAUGCUAACGUUCAGCGUGGACGAAGAAAGCUUCGGAACAAUGAAUCAAAGAGAGCUGAAACCCAACGGGGCCGACAUUGAGGUAACGAACGAGAACAAAGACGAAUACAUCAAAAUGGUCAUCGAGUGGAGGUUUGCAGCGCGGGUGAAAGGCCAGAUGCAAGCAUUUUUAGAUGGGUUCGGCUCGAUAGUACCGCUCCACUUGCUCAAGAUAUUCGACGAAAACGAACUGGAACUGUUGAUGUGCGGCAUUCAGUGUAUCGACGUGAAUGACUGGAAGCGAAAUACGCUGUAUAAAGGAGAUUACUACGCCAACUACGUGGUGGUACAGUGGUUCUGGCGAGCAGUUCUUUCUUUUAACAAUGAAAUGCGGGCCAGAUUGCUACAGUUUGUAACUGGAACUUCCAGGGUGCCGAUGAACGGGUUCAAAGAACUGUAUGGCUCUAAUGGACCUCAAAUGUUCACGAUCGAAAAAUGGGGCACUCCAAAUAACUACCCGAGGGCACACACCUGUUUUAACCGAUUGGAUCUCCCGCCAUACGACAGCUACUCGCAGCUCAAAGAAAAACUGGUCAAAGCAAUUGAAGGUAGCCAGGGAUUCGCGGGUGUGGACUAGAGUCCAUAAAUUAGCUCUAGCAAACAACAUUCCUCUCAGAAAGCACAAAAAUAACCAACACACACACAGCCACACCUACAUAAUGCUACCGGCGGUUCUUUAUGAACAUGGUAAUCAAUUUCUUAUUUUAAUAGCAUUAAAAAACAAUUGGAACUACAGCGGCCGAUAGAAUUGAACAUAAUUAUCCGAGUAUAUUUACUUUUAUCUGCCAUAACGAAUCGAGUCUCCUCAACCAAAAAAAAAAAAUCGCUGAACGCUAGGAAACAAAUACUUAUCCUCUAACGAAAAAGAAAGGAAACGAGUAGCAUCGAAUCAAGAGAGAGUGCCUUGCAACAGAGUUUGCCUCGUAAUUUCGCAAUUCCGAAGUCUACUAGCAAUAACCUCCUCUGGCAGAAAGAACUAAAAUUGGAAGCAAAGUGCAUGGCUAAAGUUCAGCAUCCAGAACGACCAAAAAUAUUUAUCACUUUUAUCAGUUAGGCUUAAGGCAUGCGGCAUAGCAAAGCAGGAAAGUGUUUGGUUUUCGUGAUUAUUUAAAACUGUAAUAAAAACUCUGGAUACGCCCAGUGAUCGUUAUUUGUUUUCGAUUAAGGAGGAUUCUUUGGUUCUGGCCGGAAUUGUGAAAAACAUACACACACAACUAGAGGUGCUUGCAAACGAAAUAUGGUUAAACUAGCCUGAGGUGGCAUAGAACAACUUGCAGAGCUUUUACGAGAUAGAGCACGAAAUCUGUAUGUAUUAUUAAAGGUUUUCAAUAAAAGUGCAAAUAUUAUUCAA